AUGGAUUCACCUAACGAAUAUACUUUUUUAUCAUACCAAACAUUUAAUGAAAUUACAGAUGAAUACUUACUAUUAUUAAGCGAAAAAAAAAGAUCAAAAGCAUUAAUUACAGAGGAUAUUGCUAAUAAAUAUUUGCAGAUUUUAAAUGACCCUAAAAAUACUUCUAUUUCAAAUUCUAAUAUACGUCACCAUGUUAAAAAUAACUAUUUAUCUCAAAGGAUCGGUGGAAUUGUAACAUUAAUGCAUAAAGAGAAAUCGUCAAAUAAUUGGAAACCUGUAGCUUUAAAAGAGAGAUUAUACUAUAUUAUUGCAGAGGAGUAUCUGGCUGUUAGACAUGGAAGCACAAGAGCUACUUAUAAACAAGUAUCAGAUAAAUAUCAUGGUAUAAAAAGAUGCUUGGUUGAUAAAUUUGUUGAAAUGUGUAAAAUAUGUAAAACACGCAGAUUAUCUAGCAAACUUUUAGCCAUAAGAUCUAUUAUUAGCAAGUUUUUUAUGCAACGGCUUCAG